AUGUCGGAAAAACAAACCAAUGUGGACCAUAUUGGCGACACAAGCGGUCGCCGCAAGUCUGUUGCCGUGAACAUCGUCGAGAAUCCGCUGAAGCGGACUUCCCACGAACAAACCGCCGAAAAUGCACGCGUGUUUGCGGAGUCCCACGGGCUGAGCGAGCAUGCCUCGUUGUUCAGCCGGGCCGCCCUCGUUGCCCGCGACCCAGACAAGUUCGACACGGUCUCCGAGCUCGAGGAAGCAGAACGCGCGGCGCUUGCUUACGAGAAAGCCCACAAAUGGCAUGGCCCCAAGAUGCUGUGGUACUCGAUCGGCCUCUGCGCAAUUGGGGCUGCCACUCAAGGGUGGGAUCAGACUGGCUCUAAUGGUGCCAACUUGUCAUUCCCUAAGGAGUUCGGUAUCAAUGAGAAAGGCCGAGACGAAUGGAUCGUCGGUGUGAUCAACGCCAUUAUUUUCUUGACAGCAGGCCUCAUCGGUGCUUUCAUUGUCGACCCACUCAACAAAUACUUCGGCCGUCGAGGCGAAAUCUUUAUCACGGCUUGCUGUCUGACCGCGACUCCAAUUGGAUCCGGUUUCGCAAAGUCCUGGCAAGGACUGUUCGCUGCUCGCUUUGUUAUGGGUAUCGGUAUCGGUGCGAAAAAUGCCACCGUACCCAUCUAUUCUGCAGAGAUGGCACCAGCUCGUAUUCGUGGAGCCCUUGUCAUGUUCUGGCAACUCUGGGUCGUAGCAGUCAUCUCGUUCUAUAGCUCGUCAAUUUUUGAGAAUCUCGGGUACACCGCAGAACAGGCGUUGUACGCAUCCCUAGGCUACGGCGCCAUUCAAGUCGUUUUCACGAUACCUACGCUCUUUUUGAUUGACACUAAAGGACGACGGACAUUGACCUUGGCCACCUUCCCCCUCAUGUGCCUAUUUUUAUUGGCCGGAGGCCUGUCUCUGUUGAAGACCACUGGAACCAAAGCAGAACGGCUGGGACCUGUCGUUUUAUUCGUCUACCUAUUCACCAUCUGUUACUCUCUUGGUGAGGGUCCAGUGGCUUUCCAAUACUCUGCGGAGGUAUUCCCAACCAUUCAGCGAGAGCAGGGUAUGGCAUGGGCUGUCUGUAUCAACAACACUUUUGCCGGAAUUCUAAGUCUUACGUUUCCUCGAAUGCAGACCGUGAUGACACCAACGGGUGCCUUUGGCUUCUAUGCAGGUCUAAAUUUGAUUGCCUGGUUCAUGAUAUUCUGCUUUGUUAGAGAGACUAAGCAACUUACGCUAGAGGAAAUCGAUCAGGUCUUCUCGGUUCCAACGAAGAGCUUCAUUUCGUACGAGCUCACUAUUUGGCUUCCAUACUUCAUCAAACGACACAUUUUCCGUCAAAAGAUCGCCAAGCCACCAGCGAUUAUCGAGAAAGAAGAAACGGUAGAGGAGUUGGUAUCGAAGGCGUAA